CUGGUGGAGAAACACAUGAGGCCGAACUCCGCGUGGAGCAAAUCUCAACUAUCUUCUACUUCACAGACUGAGAAAAAGAACACGUACAUUCUGACUCUGGAUGGAGACACUGAAUUCCAGCCAUCUGCCGUGACUCUGCUGAUCGACAGACUGAGGAUACCUGGAGUUGGAGCAGCUUGUGGACGGAUACACCCAUCGGGGUUUGGUCCGAUGGUGUGGUACCAGAAGUUUGAAUAUGCCGUCAGCCACUGGCUCCAGAAGACAGCUGAACACGUGCUGGGCAGUGUGCUGUGCAGUCCAGGUUGUUUCAGCUUGUUCAGAGCGGCGGCCCUAAUGGAUGAAAAUGUUGUGAAAAAGUUUGCGAUGAAGCCCACAAAUGCAAUGGAGUAUCUACAGUUUGAUCAAGGUGAAGACCGCUGGCUUUCCCUCCUGCUGCUGCAGCAAGGCUGGAGAAUCGAAUACUGUGCAGGAUCCGACUCCUACACCAACGCCCCUCGGGAUUUCAAGGAGUUCUUCAACCAACGGCGGCGCUGGGAUCCAUCAAAAAUAGCAAAUGCCACUGAGUUGUUGGGUAAUGGAUUUGCAGCUUCAAGGAAAAACCCAUCCGUUUCAAAACCAUUUCUCCUCUACCAGAUCUUAUACUUGAUGGCAGCUCUUGUGGGGCCAUCUACCAUCUGUUUUCUGAUUGCAGCUGCUCUGUCGUUCUUCACUGGGUGGAAUUACAACAGGUGCCUGAUAGUUUCAAUGAUCCCUACAAUAAUUUACCUCAUUAUCUGCUUCAUGGCAACACCCGACACUCAGAUCACAGUGACAGCUGCCCUUACUGUCGUUUAUACCCUGGCGAUGAUUGGCAGAGUUUGUACCGCUUUUAGCAUAAUAAUCUUUGAAGGAACAAUCGUAUCACCAAUUGGUAUUUUCAUUACUGCCCUUGUACUCCUUUACUUCAUCACUGCACUGUUGCACCCAACUGAAUUGCCUCUUGUUCUGUAUGGACUGCUGUAUCUCCUUUGCAUUCCCACUGCCUCCAUGCUGCAACCAAUUUACUCCCUGGCAAACUUGCACAUCACAUCUUGGGGAACGAGAGAGACCAGGGCAAAGGAGCAAAAUGGAAGCGCACCCAAGGAUCGCCACCUGAAAUACAAAAUAGGUCGCUGGUACCUUGAAUGGGUAAUUCAUGGAGAGAAAGCUCAGCAUCCCACUAAAGAGACGAUUGAAAGUGCAACUGAAACAAAUGGAGUCCCAGUGGAUCUGGACUUGCCAGUGGAAAACUGCUGGGUCUCUGAGCUGAAUGAAACAACAUUCUUUACUGAAGAUUCCCUGGAAGAAGAUGAAACUUUAUUUUGGAGUCAAUUUAUAGAGCAGUAUUUGAAAUCGGUCCUUGAAGAUAAAUAUUCCUUGAAAAGAAUAAAGAAAGAAUUCCUGACUCUCAGGAACAAGGCUAUCUUCAUGUAUUUGAUGAUCAAUGUGCUCUGGCUGGGAGGAACAUUUCUCCUGCAAUUAACUACUGAUGGAAUCAUCAGCACCAAAAUCAUAAUCAAUGGAACAGUUGUGGAGGUUCCAGUCCUCCAGAUACAACCGGUGUCAUUUGCCUUUCUAGUCACCUUUGCAAUUUUAAUCUUCAUUCAGUUUUUGGCGAUGCUGUACCACAGAAUCUACACCUUCAUCCACUUGAUAUCACCCAGUUCAACAAAUGUGCCUCAGUCACACAACAAAGAUAUUUGGUCUCAGGCUACAGAAGAGAUGGUAAUAGACGUGGAAGAAACAUUUGACUAUGCCCGUAAGUCCAGGUGCUACUGAAAUGAGUGAGGACGCCAAGAAAAACAGAUCAAGGACUUAGUUUGGUCGUAAUGGCAACUGAAGCAUCAGCAACUACUAUGACUCAGACUGGCUCAGGAAUUAACCAUCAUCUAAUAAGACAUUGUUUAUCAUUAGGUUCACCAACUUUAAGAACGCUGUAGGAUUCCAACAGGUAUACACCAUUAAGGAACAGUUUGCAUUUACAAUCUUUACGAACCAAGUUGAGAUUGAGAUCAACUGGGGUUUUAACCAAAGUGUCAAUACAAAGAAGCAUUGCUACCAAGGAUUUGAAACCAUCAAAACACACCAGAAAUUGUGCUCUGGUAAUGCCUGAGUCUCCAGGUCCAGCACAAUAAUGAAAAAUAUUUUAUAAUUAUCGUCUUGUAAAUUAAGUCUCAUUAAGUGUAUGCCGUUUAUAAUGCACCAAUUCAUGACACUAUCUGGCAUCGUUCAAUAACUCCAUCAAUAACCUUUUCAUGAAAGCAAAGGAAGAGCUACUGUAUGUGUAUGGCUAAGAAGUGUUGGCACAGGCUUUUCUUAAGGGCCUGUCCCACUUGGCGACUGUCGGCAUCAUUGACUGACGUAUCAGGUCACCGAAAAACUUGCGGCGGGGUGCGACAUGACGCGCCGUGAUGAUGCAUUGACGCGCGGUGCUUCCUCAAGUGUCACAACAUUAUUUUUGUCGCCGAUGGAUUUUGAAAUGUUCAAAAUCUUUCGGCGACCCUGAUACGUCAGUCAAUCACGCCGGCAGUCGCUGAAAAAAUCGCCAAGUGGGACAGGCCCUUUACUGAUUAAAAAAUAAACUAUUAUCAAGAUAGAGAACAGAUUUAUUCCAGGUGGUUAUGUUAUUUCUCGUUUAUUUGAAAGAUAUUGUCAAGCUUGAAAGUGUUCCGAAAAGAUUUACGAGGAUGUUGGCAGGACUAGAGUGUGUGAGCUAUAGGGAGAGGUUCAGUAGGCUGGGUCUCUAAUCCAUGGAGCAUUGGAGGAUGAAGGGA